ACGACGUACAAACUCCUCUUUUAAGAGUGGAGAUCUGUGGACACACGCUACAACAAUGCACGAACUCCAUUGUGCGGCCUAUAAACUGUUGUGAGCCAAACCUCCUGACCUGAACUCUCCUAACACGUUAAGUACCACUACCUUUCUAAAGUAAUAUAAAAUUGUUUAGUUCACUAAACUAGUGACCUAGACGACCUUAUUGCGCUACUCGAAUGCUUAUACAUUUGAGAUAGUUAGCAAUGGUGGGUGCCAGAGUAGUCGCUUGUUGCUCCUUGUCCAUCAUGGCUUUCAUGGCGGCCGCGGUGAAUGCGGGGUCCGUGCCGGCGGUGUACGUGUUCGGAGACUCUUUGGCGGAUGUGGGAAACAACAACCAUCUGUUGACGCCGAUCAUGGCGGACUUCUCGCACAACGGCAUCGAUUACCCGGGGAGGAAGGCCACCGGUCGCUUCAGCAACGGCAAGAACUCCGCCGACUUCCUAGCCGACAAGCUCGGGCUAGCAACAUCGCCACCGUACCUGGCCCUGUCCUCAAGCAGCAAUGCCAACUACGUGAACGGCGUCAACUUCGCUUCCGGUGGCGCAGGAGUCUCUAACGCCACAAACAAGAACAAGUGCAUCACCUUGGACAAGCAGAUCGAUUACUACUGUGGCGUGUACGCGUCCCUGGCGCGCAGCCUCGGGCAGGCCGAUGCCGCAACCCACCUGGCGAAGUCCAUCUUCACCAUUACUAUCGGCAGCAACGACAUCAUCCACUACGCCAAGGCCAACCCCGCCGCCACACCCUCCCAACAACAGCGGUACGUCGACGCGCUCAUCCUGACCCUCUCGGGCCAGCUGCAGAGCCUCUACAACCUCGGCGCGCGCAAGGUGCUGUUCCUCGGCACGGGGCCGGUGGGAUGCACCCCGUCGCUACGGGAGAUGAGCUCCACCAAGGUCUGCAACGUCGUGGCGAACGCCAUGGCCGUGCAGUACAACAAGGCGGCCGAGGGCGUGCUGAGCGGCAUGGCCGUGCAGCACCCGGACCUGCACUACGCGCUCUUCGACACCUCCGCCGCGCUGCUCCGCUACAUCGACCAGCCGGCGGAGUACGGAUUCGUUGAGGCCAAGGCGGCGUGCUGCGGCCUCGGGGACAUGAGGGCCAAGAUCGCCUGCACCCCUCUCAGCAGCUACUGCGCCAACAGGUCGGCCCACGUCUUCUGGGACUUCUACCACCCCACGGAGGCCACCACGCAGAAGCUUACCGACACUGUCUUCGACGGGUCUGCUCCCUUCAUUUUCCCUAUCAACGUAAGACAGCUCAGCGCUAUAUAGAGUUGUCUGUUUAGUGUUUACUGCUCAACGCUAUUACUCAUCAGUUGCGUAAACAACUGAGAAUUAUCAGGGGUGAAAUAUACUCCAUUUCUUUUACAAA